GGUGCUUGUUAACCCUUGCUAUUCGAGACGCCAGGGUGGGGGCUCCUCAAUAAAGCUUUUCCUACCGCCGCCCUUCCCAGGAACGAUAGGGAGGUAGAUGAUAAUAGGUUUGAGUUCACUAUAAAACACAUCAAUAUCAGUGAACUGUCAAAUGGAAGACUGUGACCAGACUCCGAUCAUGAAAACAUUAGAGGCUGCCAUGACAAAUAAUUGGCAAUUGUGUGGUGGCGAUCGGACCUCACAUGUUCCUGGUGGCAACUUGUAAUCGUCUAAUCAGUGGUGACAGCGGCAUCUAGGGGGUUAAAAUACUGUCAUUGGCUCAUAUCAAGACAAGCAAUACAAGUCUACGGAGGAGGGAGCCCAAGACAAGCAAUACAAGUCUAUGGAGGAGGGAGCUCAAGACAAGCAAUACAAGUCUAUGGAGGAGGGAGCUCAAGACAAGCAAUACAAGUCUAUGGAGGAGGGAGCUCAAGACAAGAAAUACAAGUCUAUGGAGGGGGGAGGAGGGAGCUCAAGACAAGCAAUACAAGUCUAUGGAGGAGGGAGCUCAAGACAAGCAAUAUAAAUCUAUGGAGGAGGGAGCUCAAGACAAGCAAUACAAGUCUAUGGAGGGGGGAGCUCAAGACAAGCAAUACAAGUCUAUGGAGGAGGGAGCUCAAGACAAGCAAUACAAGUCUAUGGAGGAGGGAGCUCAAGACAAGAAAUACAAGUCUAUGGAGGAGGGAGCUCAAGACAAGAAAUACAAGUCUAUGGAGGGGGGAGGAGGGAGCUCAAGACAAGCAAUACAAGUCUAUGGAGGAGGGAGCUCAAGACAAGCAAUAUAAAUCUAUGGAGGAGGGAGCUCAAGACAAGCAAUACAAGUCUAUGGAGGGGGAGGGGGGAGGAGGGAGCUCAAGACAAGCAAUACCAGUCUAUGGUGGGGGAAGCUCAAGACAAGCAAUACAAGUCUAUGGAGAGGGAAGAAAGGGAGCUCAAGACAGGCAAUACAAGUCUAUGGAGGGGGGGGGAGAAGGGAGCUCAUGACAAGCAAUACAAGUCUGUGGAGAGGGAAGAAAGGGAGCUCAAGAUAAGCAAUACAAAUCUAUGGAGAGGGGAGGAGGGAGCUCAAGACAAGCAAUACAAGUCUAUAGUGGGGAGGAGCUCAAGACAAGCAAUACAGGUCUAUGGUGGGGGAGCUCAAGACAAGCAAUACAAGUCUAUGGAGAGGGAAGAAAGGGUGCUUAAGAAGGAAAAAAUGACUAAAACAAGCCUAUGGAGAGGGGAGGAGGGAGCUCAAGACAAGCAAUAUAAGUCUUUGGAGGGGGAGGAAGGAGCUCAAGACAAGCAAUACAAGUCUAUGGAGAGGGAAGAAAGGGAGCUCAAGACAGGCAAUACAAGUCUAUGGAGGGGGAGAAGGGAGCUCAAGACAAGCUAUACAAGUCUAUGGAGAGGAAAAAAAGGGAGCUCAAGACGGACUAAUACAAGCCUAUGGAGGGAGGAAGAGGGAGCUCAAGACAAACAAUACAAGUCUAUAGUGGGGGGAACUCAAGACAAGCAAUACAGGUCUAUGGUGGGGGAGCUCAAGACAAGCGAUGCAAGUCUAUGGAGAGGGAAGAAAGGGAGCUCAAUACGGACUAAUACAAGCCUAUGGAGGGAGGAGGAGAAAGCUCAAGACAAGCAAUACAAGUCUAUGGAGGGUGGAGGAAGGAGCUCAAGGCAAGCAAUACAAGUCUAUGGAAGGUGGAGGAAGGAGCUCAAGACAAGCAAUACAAGUCUAUGGAAGGUGGAGGAAGGAGCUCAAGACAAGCAAUACAAGUCUAUGGAAGGUGGAGGAAGGAGCUCAAGACAAGCAAUACAAGUCUAUGGAAGGUGGAGGAAGGAGCUCAAGACAAGCAAUACAAGUCUAUGGAGGAGGGAGCUUCACCCACUAGCUCUGAGAGAACUGCAAAUUAUUGGUGAAGCAUGCUUAGUAGAAAUCUGCUGAAAAAUACCAUAUACAAGUUAUAUAAUGGACAAAAAUAGUGCUGCUCCUUAUGUUCACACAGGGCAGCAUAUCCUGAAAAGUAAUCUGAAAUCACAGCUUUCAAUUCAAUAUUCCGAUUCAGUAGAAAAUCAAAUACAACACACCGAUUUAA